GAGCUACUUGACAAGAAAACUGUGCAAUUUUUUUACCCAUUGUGACAAAAAUGUGACAGAUUUAUGGCCAGUUUUACAGUGCAUACGUAUCUCCUUCGCUCAAUAAGCAUUAUUGGCGAUAAUUUAGUUAUUUGUUUGUCACGUGGAAUUUGGAAUCAGUCAUGCGGAAAUGAUUGAUAAACAAUAACAAGUCUGCCCAGUGCAGUGCAGUCGGGACGCCGGCCGGCACGGAUAGCGAUCGGGACUGAACAGCAGAGAACCCGGCAAGUUGCGAGGUGCCAGUGCGCUAUUCAAUACCACAUCUGCAUACAGCUGGUGGAUGCAUUGUCUGUUUUUAUCCAAGGUUUGCGUACAAUUUCCUUAAAUUUCUUCAACAAAGAACAGCUUGGAUCUCGUUCUUUGUUCCGAAUUGGCGGGUUUUGUGAAUUCGUCUCGGUAGUUUUUUAUUGCCCAUCAUAAAUAAUUUCGUAUGGAUUCUGAUGAGGUGUGCAAAAGGGGUCCUGCAAAAGGGCAUUGCGGAUACUGAGAAGGUUUUGUGACUGCAAGGCCAUCAUUCUGAGGGAAUGCUCCAUAUGCAUGUUUGAUGUAUAAAGAGAUGAGCCUGUGGAAAGCUACAUCAUUGUGCAGCAUAUGAACUUGACAGCAACUGAGCUAUUAAAAACUUGAGAGGAGAAAUCAAGAUUUGAGAAACUUGCAGAACAGCUCUAAACAACAAUGGAUAAGAAGUCAGAACUAUCAGUACAAGUGUCCCAUAGCCGUACCCUGUCCCGGCACCCUGCUUCACCGGUAAUCAGUCCCGUGGGUUGUACAUCCCAGAAUGCUAAGCUAGGAGAGUUCUUCACACACCGAGCCUCUCGUCAUGCCAACGAUGCGUUUGUAGCGAUGAAUCGUAUGCGUCAACAAGCCACACUGUGCGACAUUGUGCUGAAAGUUGGAGAGAAGAUCAUCAUGGCUCAUAAAUUGGUGUUAGCAUCAUGUAGUGCUUACUUCCAUGCUAUGUUUACAAGUGACAUGACUGAAUCUCGUCAGUCAGAGGUGCAUCUCCGUGACAUAGAAGCCCUGGCAGUUGAACAGCUGGUACAGUUUGCAUACACAGCAGAAAUCAACAUUGGAGAAAAGAAUGUACAGUCUCUACUACCAGCAGCCAGCCUUCUACAACUUCACAGUGUCCGUGAUGCCUGCUGUAAGUUUCUCCUAGGCCAGCUAGAUCCAUCCAACUGUCUAGGCAUCAGAAGGUUUGCUGAUAUGCACGGAUGCUAUGACUUGGAGCAAUCAUCGCAUCUCUACUCACUGCAGAACUUCAAUCAUGUUGUCAAUACUGAAGAAUAUCUCCAUCUACCAGCUGAGGAGGUUGCUCAACUGGUAUCCAGCGAGCGAUUGAACAUUACAUCAGAAGAGGAUGUCUUCAAUGCUGUGGUGCUUUGGGUGCGGGUGGAUUUACCCACAAGACAAAAAUAUGUUGCCAAGUUGAUGGAGUGUGUUCGUCUCCCUCUCCUUACCCGUGAUUUCCUGGUCAACAACGUGGAGACAGAGCCAAUUGUCCGUUCCAGUCCAGAAUGCAAAGAUCUGCUGAUUGAAGCUUUGAAGUAUCACUUACUACCAGAGCAACGAACCAUGAUGCAAUCUCCUCGUACACAGGAGAGACACAAUUCAGCCUGUGUUCCAAUGCUGUUCUCUGUUGGUGGAGGUAGCUUAUUUGCAAUCCACAGCGAGUGUGAAUGUUACGAUCCUCGGAGUGAUACAUGGCACCCGCUGGCUCCCAUGAGCACUAGGCGAGCCAGGCUGGGUGUGGCCACGGUCGGGAGACUUGUAUAUGCUGUAGGAGGGUAUGAUGGUUCCAAUGAUCUAGCCUUAAUGGAGAGUUAUAACCCACAAACAAACACAUGGAAAGAAGUGACACCAAUGGGCACCAAGCGUAGUUGUCUAGCUGUGGCCUCUCUCAACGUCCUGUAUGCCAUUGGCGGGUACGAUGGCGCGUCUUGUCUGAACAGCGUUGAACGCUAUGAUCCAUUGACGAAUACAUGGAUCGUGGCUGCCAUGGUAACCAGAAGGAGAUACGUUAAAGUUGCAGUCAUGGAUGGUUGCUUGUAUGCUCUCGGUGGCUAUGAUGGAUCCUGCCAUCUCUCCAGUGUAGAGAGGUAUGACCCACAAACAAACACAUGGACACAGAUGCCUCAUAUGAUCAGUCGACGGAGUUCUACGGGAGCGGCGGUGGUAGAGGGCGCCCUUUAUGUUGUUGGUGGGAAUGAUGGUGCAGCGUGCCUGAGCAGCGCUGAGCGAUUUAAUCCAGAUAUCAAUUUGUGGGAACCUGUGCCAUCAAUGACCAUAAGAAGGAGUACUCAUGAUGCAGUUGCUAUGGAUGGACAACUUUACGUUGUCGGGGGCAAUGAUGGAAGCAGCAGUCUGAACAGCGUAGAGCGUUACGAUCCUAAGACACAUCAUUGGAACACCAUUAAUACCAUGGUAACACGACGAAGCAGUGUGGGUGUCACGGUAACAAAGGUUGUGUCACACAUUGGACUAAACCAAGUCAAAUUCUGAACAUGAUUGAUAAGUAUUAACGUGGGGACUUGUGCAAUAUAUUAAUGUUUCUGCAAGCACAAUCAAGGAACGAAGUCAGAGUGUGUAUGUGAAAGUAAUGGUGACAAUGUCAUGUCUUCUCUUUGGAAAGUUUGUUCAUGCAAUUCAAUAUCCAGUGCAACAAUGUUAAACAGUAAAACUAAGUUGUACUUUUGUUUCAACAGCGUGGCAAUGUUUAAAUGCUUGGAAUCAGUCUUUGGCAUUUAAGGUUGAUUCAAAGUCCAUGGGUAAAUGAGAGCUUAGCAUACCCUACAGGUCAAUAUGAAGAUUACCAAAAACUGUCAACUUUAGUAUGUGGAUUAUUUUUCACAUAAGUUACGAACAUACUAAAAUUUCUUUAAAGUUU